AUGAAGUUCCUGGUUGAAGAAAUGGCAGUGAACCUGUGGAAUUGGGCAGUUACCAAGAGAAUAGAUUCGGUUAUAAAUGACGAUGAGAAAGCUAAAUUACGGCAUGUUGCUUGCAGGUUGGUGUGUAUGUGUGAAAGCUCAACUGCUUCCGAAGAAGCUAUUCGAAGACAGAUUUUGAUGACUAUGAAAACAGGAAAAACAUGGGUGGAUAUUGGAAAUCCUACGAUGGCUGAUGAAUUUUUACUAGUUGCCAUGUCUGGUUUGGAGCAGUUGUAUGACAAUAUAAUGCAGAAGAGCUCCACUGAUGCCCACCUGAUGAUGCAGAAGUCUGCUGUGGAGAGAGACGUUUUCAAAGUGCUUUCUUACCAAGCAGAAUCAGCAAUUGCUCAAGACGAUUUUGAAAGAGCAUCUACAUGUGUACUGCGUUGCAAAGACAUGUUGAUGAGGCUCCCUAAAAUGAUCAAAUAUCUUCAUGUUCUCUGUUACAACUUUGGAGUAGAAACCUACAUGCUGAAUAAAUGUGAAGAAAGUGCUUUCUGGCUGAGCCAAAGCUAUGAUAUUGGGAAGAUAGCACACGAUUCUGUUGAGCCAGAAAUGCUGGCUAAAGUUCUACGUUUACUAGCCACUGCUUAUUUGGAUUGGGACGACACAGAAUAUUAUGAUAAGGCUCUCAAUGCUAUCAACCUAGCAAACAAGGAGCAUGUAAACCUGGGUGGGUUUCUCUUAAAGAUGAAAAUCCUUUUGAAAGGCGAAACAUCUAAUGAAGAACUCCUUGAAGCUAUCAUGGAAAUGCUACAUUUUGAAAUGCCUUUAGACUUCUAUCUGAGCAUUAUUAAACUGCUGAUGGAUCAUAAAAGAGACUCUUUUGGCUUUUAUGUCCUGAAGUUGAUCUGUGAACAUUUUAAGUCAUCAGAAAAUAUUGGAAUAGCUUUACUGUUCCACGUUGACAUACUUAUACAGAAGAAAGAAGAACUACUUGCCAAGGAGAAGAUUGAAGAAAUCAUUAUAGGUCACCAAACAGGAAGACAACUGACAAUACAAGCAAUAGGCUAUUUACAUGACAUUCUGUGGGAAAAAGCUGCCAAAAGUUUUCAGGAACAAGAUUACGCUGAUGCCUUACUCUGGUACUGUUAUUCUCUGAAAUUUUAUGAAUGUGAUCAACGGGAUCUGAACUUGCCCAAGCUGAAGAGGAAUUUAGCUUCCUGUUACCUGCGUUUGGAACAAUUUGAUAAGGCUAAAGAAGCAGUGGCAGAAGCUGAACAAUGGGAUCCUGGAAAUUUUUUCACUCUAUUUUAUAUAUUCAAGAUUGCAAUCAUAGACGGCAACUCUGAAAAAGCUUGGGAGGCAGUUAUUGCUUUAGAUGAUUUAUUAGCAAAUGAAGAGACAGAAGAGUAUGACAUAGUUCCAGAUAGAAGUGCACGUGUCCUGCUCCUCAAUUUAGCUGCCAAAUUUGCUCUAGAGAAUGGACAACAAGCUGCAGGAGAAAAAGCUCUGGAAUGUGUGGCUAAAUAUUCAGAAAACCUACAAGAAGUCAUUACAUCUUUAAAGUGUUUGUUUCGUUUUGCUUUUCCAAAAGUUUGUCAAAUGCCGGAAUCUAAAGACAAAGCGAAAGAAAUGGAUAGACUUCUAACUUGCUUGAGUACAGUACUCCUGAAAUUUACUGAGUGUUUUCAUGGACUACCCCUGACUUCAGACUCCAUGAUUAAUGAAGCUCAUUGGUUUCGAAAAAUAGCUUGGAACUUGGCUGUGCAAUGUUCCAAAGACCCAGCGAGAAUGAGAGAGUUUUUCAUGCUUUCUUACAAGCUGUCCCAGCUUUGUCCUUGGGAUGAAGUCAUUCUGACUUCACAGAAAACAUGUUUACUGAUGGCAUCUUCACUGGAUCUAGAGCAAGGGAGAAGAGCUUCAACACCUUUUGAACAGACCAUGUUACUGAAUCGUGCACUUGAGCAGAUCCAUGAAUGCAGAAAAAUCUGGAAUAUCCUGAAAGAAACAGGAAACUUCUCGAAUGAUCCAUGUGAGACAUUGCUUCUGCUGUAUGAGUUUGAAAUUAAAGCCAAACAGAAUGAUCCAUUACUGGACAACUUCCUGGAACCAGUGUGGGAACAGCCUGACAUAGAAAGUAAAACACUGGAAACAAUUGCAUCAUUAGCAAUGGAAUUGCCUGCGUACUAUCCUUACAUCGCUCUAAAGGCCUUGAAAAGGGCGUUAUUGCUCCACAAAAUGAGAAACUCAACUGAUGUUUUCCAAUACAGCACAUGCGUGCACAACUUGAUUUGCCUCGUAGUGCCAGAUCGGGUGCCAAAUACAGAACUCUGUCCCCUCGAAGAACUUUGGGGCUAUUUUGAAGAUGCUCUGAGCUUUCUUAACCACAAUGAAGGCUACCCAGAAAUGGAGAUUCUCAUACUGAUGAUCAAGUCCUGGAAUACUGGAAUAUUUAUGUAUGGCAGCGGCAUGUUUGUAUCCGCUGAAAAAUGGUGUGGCAUGGGGUUGCGUUUCCUUUGCCACCUUGGCCCCAUCAGGAGAAUCUAUGAAACUCAGAUGACCAUUCUGUAUGCUGGCCUUGUGAGAGCAUUAGUUUUCAGCAACGACCCAAGAUUUUGUGAAGAGUGAAACGCAUGCGAGCAGGCAAGCCAGUAGCAACUGCAAGAUGGUUCAUGGUCCAGAGAGGCUGAAUAUUUAAAUUCUUGUCAAACUUUCUGUUCAGUUUUGUUUUCUGUUUUCUCAGGCCCUAGUUUCAUGUUGUGAAAUGGCAUUUCUAAAAUUAAUGCAUUUUGACUUUUAGUGCUGUGACCAGCUUUUUUCUGGGGGACAAGUGAAUUUUCCAAAAUGUUAAUAAUUUUAUGUUGAAAGAGCCCAUGUGAGAGCAAGAUGAUUCAUGCCCCAUUUGAACAAAAAAGGAUGGCCAUCCUUGUCCAACACAGGUGCAUUUUCUUCCAGAAAUGCUCAAAUCCCAAUACCUGAAGAUAAGAGGGAACCACAGGCUCCUCAUCAGAAGGACCUUAGUGGCCUUUGGGCUCAGCAAUGAUUGGGUUCAGGAAAUCUUUCUGUGACAUCCUUGAGAAUGGGUUGUCUAGUCUCUCUCAGAACAAAUCCCAUGACGGUACUCCCGAAAUUACUGUCCAAUUGGCAAAAAGCUCUUCCUCACACUGAACAGGCACUUGUCUCCCUAUAGCAAGUCAGCUUUCUCUGUCCCAGAUGCCCUUUGGGACACAGUACAACCAUCAAAAUUGGGAAAUAAACAAUGAUGCAAUGCUACCAUCUAAUCUACUGGCCUCACUCAAGUUUCACUCGUUGUCCUAAUAAAGCCCUUUGUAA